UCACUAUUACAUCCACUUCCGUUUUCCUGCACAUGAAUUUCCGCUCACUAUCCCCACGCUGUAGCGUUUAUCAAGCUACAUUCAGUGGGCACAAUAUUGUAAGGAAAUUAGCGAAUCCUUUAACAAAAUGAGGCCUUUAACAGACGACGAGACAAAAACGAUGUUUGAGAAACUCUCCAAAUACAUUGGUGAGAACAUCAAACACCUGGUGGAUCGACCCGAUGGGACAUAUUGCUUCAGACUUCACAAUGACCGUGUAUAUUACAUCAGUGAGACAAUUCUGAAGUUGGCUACCAACAUCUCCCGUGGUAAGUUGGUGUCGGUGGGCACCUGCUUUGGGAAGUUCACCAAGACCAUUAAGUUCCGCCUGCACAUCACAGCACUGGACUUUCUGGCACCAUAUGCCAAGUUCAAGGUGUGGGUUAAGCCUGGGCAGGAGCAGUCCUUCCUCUAUGGGAACCAUGUGUUGAAGUCUGGACUGGGGAGGAUCACAGAGAACACCAACCAAUACCAGGGUGUGGUGGUGUAUUCCAUGGCUGACGUACCGCUGGGUUUUGGAGUGGCAGCCAAGUCCACCCAGGAGUGCAGGAGAGUGGACCCCAUGUCCAUCGUUGUGUUCCACCAGGCAGACAUCGGAGAGUUCAUCAGGUCUGAGGACACGCUCACAUAAGGAGUCGUCAAACUGGACCACCCUACAAACUGGACUAUCAAUUAUACACAGUGGUACUUCCCUCUACCCGGGGACCACCCUAGAGGGUUGGGAGGUACAGCUGUGUGACACGUCUGAUGGUCCCUGAGAGGUUGGGGGAGACCCUGGUCUUCAGGAUAUGAUUGUGUAUUUCCCUCUAAUUUACCAAGGGGCCAGUGACUGUCUGGAGAGUUUCAUCAAGUUGUCAGCUACCAACAUCCCUGUCACUAUGGCUGAGUGAUUUACAUUCAGCUACCCAACAUCCCUGUCACUAUGGCUGAGUGAUUUACAGUCAGCUACCAACAUCCCUGUCACUAUGGCUGAGUGAUUUACAUUCAGCUACCCAACAUCCCUGUCACUAUGGCUGAGUGAUUUACAUUCAGCUACCCAACAUCCCUGUCACUAUGGCUGAGUGAUCUACAGUCAGCUAUCAACAUCCCUGUCACUAUGGCUGAGUGAUCUAGUCAGCUACCAACAUCCCUGUCACUAUGGCUGAGUGAUCUAGUCAGCUACCAACAUCCCUGUCACUAUGGCUGAGUGAUCUACCCAACAUCCCUGUCACUAUGGCUGAGUGAUUUACAUUCAGCUACCCAACAUCCCUGUCACUAUGGCUGAGUGAUUUACAUUCAGCUACUCAACAUCCCUGUCACUAUGGCUGAGUGAUUUACAUUCAGCUACCCAACAUCCCUGUCACUAUGGCUGAGUGAUCUACAGUCAGCUAUCAACAUCCCUGUCACUAUGGCUGAGUGAUCUAGUCAGCUACCAACAUCCCUGUCACUAUGGCUGAGUGAUCUACCCAACAUCCCUGUCACUAUGGCUGAGUGAUCUACCCAACAUCCCUGUCACUAUGGCUGAGUGAUCUACCCAACAUCCCUGUCACUAUGGCUGAGUGAUUUACAGUCGGCUACCAACAUCCCUGUCACUAUGAAUGUAAAUCACUCAGCCAAUCUAAAUAAAUGUUUUUGUAAAUUGAAUAUUUGAGGUUUUAUGUAGUAUUCAUAAUCUGUAUGGUUCUCUGGUUUAAGCGAUUUGCAUAAAUGUGAUUAUGCAGUUCAUUCCAUCAGCAUAACAUUAAAACUGUUUUGAUAUACUGAGAUGUUUUAGUUUUUCUCCUGAAUAAAUAUUGGAUCUGUUACUAACA